CUUUCCGCUGCAAAGGAACAGACAGACGUGCUGUUUUCGUAGAGUGAGCGAAUUAUGAGUCAUUUUUUGUUCUUGUUUAAUCGUAUGUGUACAGCACCUCUUCGUUUCGAGCGGUAUUGAGUGGGUUUCUAGUGUCUAGCGCGGAACCGCUCACUGAAGACGGGAUUUGAUGCAGAAAGAGCCGAUGUCAUCUGAGGAUGCAGGGCCGAGCGCGGGUGCCGCUCCGGAGGUUGCGGACUCGGCCCUGCCUCACGAUUCCGCUGGAAAACACGCCGUGUCCGUUCUCUGGUCCUUUGGAAAGUGCGUCGGUGCCUUAUUGCCGGUCUACCUGGCUGGAUAUUUCGGAUUCAGUAUCAGUUUAGUUUUGCUCGGUCUCGUGGUUUAUAUGGGAUGGAAACAUAGUCGCGAUGGAAAAAAUGCGCGACUGCAAAGCGCAAUGUAUUUUUUAGAAAAUGAGCAGGAUGUCACCACUACACGGGUGUUUAGAAGUAAACGGGAAUUGCCGGCAUGGGUGAACUUUCCUGACGUGGAAAAGGUUGAGUGGAUGAACAAGAUAUUGCAGCAGGCCUGGCCAUUUAUUGGACAGUAUCUGGAGAAGCUGCUGGUGGAGACUAUUGCCCCUUCAAUCCGAGCCGCCAGCGCUCAUCUGCAAACUCUCAGCUUCACCAAAGUUGACCUGGGCGACAGGGCUAUGAAGGUAGUUGGGGUGAAGGCCUACACUGAGCAUGAUAAACGUCAGGUGAUACUGGAUCUUUAUAUCAGUUAUGCUGGAGAUGUGGAGAUUAACGUUGAGGUGAAGAAGUACUUCUGUAAAGCUGGAGUGAAAGGCAUUCAGCUCCAUGGAAAAUUGAGGGUGAUCUUGGAACCGCUAAUUGGAGAUGUUCCUCUCGUUGGAGCCAUCACCAUGUUCUUCAUUCGCAGACCUAAACUCGACAUCAACUGGACUGGGUUGACCAAUUUGUUAGACAUACCUGGUUUGAAUGCCAUGUCGGACACUAUGAUAAUGGAUGCAAUCGCCUCUUUCCUGGUUCUCCCCAAUCGUCUCACUGUGCCUUUGGUGGCCAAUCUGCACCUAGCACAGCUGCGUUCCCCUCUCCCACGGGGUAUAGUGCGUAUCCACUUGCUGGAGGCAGAAAACCUUGCUGCCAAGGAUAACUACAUGAAAGGUGUGAUAUCUGGGAAGUCUGACCCGUAUGCAGUGCUACGGGUGGGCACUCAGACCUUCACCUCCCACCACGUGGACAACAACCUUAAUCCUCAAUGGAGGGAGAUGUACGAGGUCAUUGUUCAUGAAGUACCUGGUCAGGAGCUGGAGCUGGAGGUGUUUGAUAAAGACCCUGACCAGGAUGACUUUCUUGGGAGAAUGAAGCUGGAUUUAGGUAUUGUAAAGAAAGCAGUUCUUUUGGAUGAGUGGUACACUUUAAAGGAUGCACCAUCCGGUCAGGUUCAUCUCAAGCUAGAAUGGCUCUCUCUGCUGCCCUCUGCAGAGCGCCUAAACGAAGUGCUGGAGAGGAAUAAUAACAUUACGAUAUAUGGUAAGACAGCAGAUCCUCCUUCUGCUGCUAUUUUGACUGUUUAUCUGGACCGGGCACAAGAUCUACCUUUUAAGAAAGGUAAUAAGGACCCCAGCCCCAUGGUGCAGAUAUCUGUUCAGGAUACCACCAAAGAGAGCAGGAUGGUGUAUGGGACUAACAAUCCAGUAUGGGAGGAUGCCUUUACAUUUUUUAUUCAGGACCCACGCAAACAAGAUAUCGACAUCCAGGUGAAGGAUGAUGACAGGGCUUUGACUCUGGGAAGUUUGUCUAUCCCCUUGUCCCGUCUGCUCUCCAGUGCUGAGCUCAGCAUGGAUCAGUGGUUUCAGCUAGAAAAGUCCGGACCGGCCAGCCGUAUCUACAUCACAGCUAUGCUGAGGGUGUUGUGGCUGAAUGAAGAAGCCAUCCUUACCACACCCGUGACUCCAUUACCCCGAGAUGGAGAUAUUGAAUCAGAAGUGUCUUCAGGGGUAUCAAAAGUGACUCCCACUUCAAAACGUCCCGAGCAUACUAGUCCAGACAGCAAUUUUGCAUCUGAGGGUGUUCUGCGGAUCCACCUGGUAGAAGCCCAGAGUCUCAUUGCUAAGGACAAUUUAAUGGGCGGGAUGGUGAAGGGGAAGAGCGACCCGUAUGUGAAGAUCCGAGUGGGAGGACUGGCAUUCAAGAGUCAGGUCAUCAAAGAGAACCUCAACCCCAUCUGGAAUGAACUUUAUGAGGUGAUCUUGACCCAGUUGCCAGGUCAGGAGGUGGAGUUUGACCUUUAUGAUAAAGACAUUGAUCAGGACGACUUCCUUGGCAGGGUUAAAGUGAGUCUCGGGGACCUCAUCAGUGCUCAGUUUACUGAUCAGUGGUAUACUCUGAAUGAUGUGAAGUCUGGACGACUUCAUCUUGUGUUGGAAUGGGUGCCUAAAGUUUCAGAUCCCACCAGACUUGAACAGAUCCUACAUUACAACUAUCGUCAGUCUUACCUGAAUAAAACGGUUCCUUCUGCUGCACUGCUUUUUGUGUAUGUUGAGAGAGCACAUGGUCUGCCUUUAAAAAAGAGCGGGAAAGAGCCGAAAGCAGGAGCAGAAUUGUCCCUCAAAAAUAUAUCCUACCGAACCAAAGUUGUCAGUCGCUCGACUUCUCCACAGUGGGAUGAAGCUUUUCAUUUCCUGAUCCAUAAUCCAACAGAAGAUACACUUAUAGUCAAACUCUCUCACAGCUGGGGUCAGGCUCUGGGCUCUCUUGUGCUUCCUGUGAGGGAGCUGCUGGAUGAGAAGGAUCUGGUGCUGGACCGCUGGUUCAGUCUGGAUGGAGCCAUGCCUGAAAGUCAGAUUCUGCUGAGAGCUGAACUCAAGCUCCUAGACAGCAAGUUGUCUCAAUGUAGCAAUGCAGAGGAUUCAAGUCAUGUCAUAUCCACUGGAGACGCAGCUGCUGCAGCCAAUUGUGAGCUCCGACACAGAAGUGUGCCCGUCCAAGGAGGUGAGGAUCCCAAUUCAACCGGGAAGGCCCAGGUGAAGCUCUCUGUUGCCUGUUCAUCUGAGGAGAACCGACUGGUCAUUACCGUCUAUGCCUGCAGGAACUUGCCGUCCUACUCCAAGGAUCCUCCAGACACGUACAUCUCAUUUAUUCUACUUCCGGACAAGAACCGGAUCACCAAAAGGAAGACCAGUGUUAAGAAGAAAAGCCUCAAACCUGAGUUCAAUGAGAGAUUUGAUUUUGACAUGUCACAUGAAGAAGCUAAGCAGAAACAUCUUGAAGUGUCUGUCAAGAACAGCGUUUCCUUCAUGAGUCGUGAAAAAGAGCUUCUUGGCAAGCUUCAGAUAGACUUGAGUCAGCUGGAUCUCAAGGCAGGAGUAUCACAGUGGUAUGACUUGUCACAUGAGACCAACUGACUGACUGGCCUUCCAAUGUUGACUUUAUUUGCAAUCGUUUAAAGUGGAGGCCGAUUUCACAGAUGUUAUCCUGACACUAGCAGAGGAUCCUAGAGCAGGGUGUCAGGACUAAGAUUGCAUCAUGGAAUUGCUGUGCAACUAGCUUUCAUCCAAAAUAUAGCCUGCUUGAUUUCCAUCUUUAAAAAAUGAUGCUAGCACAAGAAGGCUAUGAGGGCGCCACCUUGAGUCAACACAGCAACAGUUGGAGAAAUGUUACAUUUUUAAGUAUUUAAUUUGUAGCUUUUUGAGCUCCUGCACUUUAUGGGUCAUUGAGAAUGCAGCAAUGAGAAGUUGAAGCUUCUGUUCAGCUGUGAUUUUUCAGGGUUUAUUGCAUUUCAUUCCAGCAUUUCCACAUCAUGCAUUUCAAAAUAACCAAAUUGCAAAAUAUUAGUAUUCUGAUUUUUUUUUUUUUUUUUUAAAAAG